AGGGGAUUUUGUCCAAUUAAAAAAAGAGGAAUGAAGUCUGGCGCUGGAGGAGGGUCCCUCGCCGUCUUCUGGGGGUUCCUGCUCGUCUUCGCCGCACUUUGUCUGUGGCCAACAAAUGGGGAAAUUUGCGGGCCAAAUGUUGACAUUCGCAAUGAUAUCCAUGAGCUGAAACGCCUGGAGAACUGUACGGUAAUUGAGGGUUUCCUUCAAAUUCUGCUCAUCUCUAAAGCAGAGGAUUACCGCAACUUCCGCUUCCCAAAGCUCACUGUCAUAACUGACUAUUUGCUGCUGUUCCGUGUGGCAGGCUUGGAAAGCCUCAGUGAUCUCUUCCCCAACCUCACAGUCAUUCGUGGGAGGAACCUCUUCUACAAUUAUGCCUUGGUUAUCUUUGAAAUGACAAAUCUUAAAGAGAUUGGGCUUCACAACUUGAGGAACAUAACCCGCGGGGCCAUACGGAUUGAGAAGAACUCUGACCUGUGUUACCUCUCCACAGUGGACUGGUCUCUCAUCCUAGAUGCAGUGUCCAAUAACUACAUCGUUGGGAAUAAACCUCCAAAGGAAUGUGGGGACUUGUGCCCAGGCACGAUGGAAGAGAAGCCAUUGUGUGAGAAGACAUCUAUUAACAAUGAGUACAACUACCGCUGCUGGACCACGAACCACUGCCAGAAAAUGUGCCCCAGCUCAUGUGGCAAGCGAGCCUGCACAGACCAAAAUGAGUGUUGCCAUCCCGAAUGCUUGGGGAGCUGCACGGCACCCGACAACAACACCGCUUGCGUGGCCUGCCGCAAUUACUACUACGAAGGAGUCUGCAUGCCCACCUGCCCUCCCAACACCUACAAGUUCGAGGGCUGGCGCUGCGUGACUAAAGAGUUUUGCUCCAAAGUCCCUGCCACCGAAACAAGUGAAUAUGAGAGAUUUGUGAUUCACAACGAUGAGUGCAUGGCAGAAUGCCCCUCCGGAUUCAUACGCAAUGGGAGCCAAAGCAUGUUCUGCAGCCCUUGUGAGGGGCCUUGCCCCAAAAUAUGUGAGGAUGGGAAAACAAAGACGAUUGACUCCGUCACAUCAGCACAAAUGUUGCAGGGAUGCACAAUUCUGAAGGGAAAUCUGCUGAUUAACAUCCGUCGUGGAAAUAACAUCGCCUCAGAACUGGAGAAUUUUAUGGGUCUGAUUGAGACAGUAACAGGGUAUGUGAAAAUUCGUCAUUCCCAUGCAUUAGUCUCCCUGUCUUUCUUGAAGAACCUGCGGUAUAUUCUGGGAGAGGAACAGGUGGACGGGAAUUAUUCUUUCUAUGUGCUUGACAACCACAAUCUUCAGCAGCUGUGGGACUGGAACCAUCAUAACUUGACGAUCAAGGAGGGGAAAAUGUACUUUGCAUUUAAUCCUAAACUGUGUGUUUCUGAGAUUUACCGUAUGGAGGAAGUUUCAGGAACCAAGGGACGACAAAGCAAAGGAGAUAUAAAUCCAAGGAACAAUGGAGAGAGAGCAUCUUGUGAAAGCCACAUUCUGCGUUUCGUUUCCAACACUACGCUCAAGAAUCGGAUUAAACUAACAUGGGAACGGUAUCGCCCUCCAGAUUAUAGAGAUCUCAUUAGUUUCACUGUUUACUACAAAGAAGCACCAUUCAAAAAUGUGACAGAGUACGAUGGGCAAGAUGCGUGUGGCUCUAAUAGCUGGAACAUGGUCGAUGUUGACCUGCCACCAAACAAAGAGAACAACCCUGGAAUUCUACUGCAGGGAUUGAAACCUUGGACUCAAUAUGCCAUUUAUGUCAAGGCUGUUACCCUCACAAUGAUGGAAAACCACCAUAUUCAUGGAGCAAAAAGUGAAAUUGUAUAUAUCCGAACCAAUGCUGCAGUGCCCUCCAUUCCCUUGGAUGUUAUUUCAGCAUCCAACUCCUCAUCCCAACUGAUUGUGAAAUGGAAUCCUCCCUCUCUUCCCAAUGGCAACCUUUCAUACUACAUCGUGCGAUGGCAGCAGCAGCCUCAGGACAGUUACCUUUACAGACACAAUUACUGCUCCAAAGAUAAAGUCCCAAUUCGAAGAUAUGCUGAUGGGACCAUUGAUACAGAAGAAGCUACUGAACCCACCAAGCCAGAGGGAUGUGGUGGAGAAAAAGGACCUUGUUGUGCUUGUCCCAAGACAGAGGCAGAAAAGCAAGCUGAGAAGGAAGAAGCAGAGUACCGGAAAGUCUUUGAGAACUUCCUUCACAACUCCAUCUUUGUCCCCAGACCCGAUCGGAAGCGGAGGGACGUGUUCCGAAUCGCAAAUGCCACUUUGGCUGCUCGAAACAGGAAUGCGACUGGGACAGAUCACUUCACCAACGCUUCUGACACAGAGGAGAGUGAGGUGGAAUACCCGUUCUUUGAGACCAAAGUGGAUGGCAAGGAGAGAACUGUGAUCUCCCAUCUCCAGCCUUUUACUCUUUACCGCAUUGAUAUUCACAGCUGCAACCAUGAAGCUGACACGCUUGGUUGUAGUGCUUCCAACUUUGUCUUUGCAAGAACCAUGCCUUCAGAGGGAGCAGAUAACAUUCCAGGAACAGUAGCAUGGGAAGCAAAAGAAGAAAACACUGUCUACCUGAAGUGGUUAGAGCCUGUGAAUCCAAAUGGGCUGAUACUAAUGUAUGAAAUCAAAUAUGGUCAGCAUGGAGAGGAAAAGCGGGAAUGUGUUUCCAGGCAGGAAUACAAGAAGCUUGGAGGAGCUAAACUCACUCAUCUGAACCCUGGAAACUAUUCUGCUAGAGUUCAGGCCACUUCGUUGGCUGGAAAUGGGUCAUGGACUGAGCCAGUCUCUUUCUAUGUGCAACCCAAAUCAGCAAACUAUGGGAACUUCCUGCACUUGAUAAUAGUGCUCCCUAUUGCUUUCCUGCUCAUCAUUGGGGGACUGCUGAUAAUGCUGUAUGUCUUUAACAAAAAGAGGAACAGUGACAGACUGGGCAAUGGAGUACUUUAUGCUUCUGUGAACCCCGAGUACUUCAGCGCUUCAGAUGUGUAUGUUCCAGAUGAAUGGGAGGUGCCCCGUGAGAAGAUCACCAUGUGUCGGGAGCUUGGGCAGGGCUCCUUUGGAAUGGUGUACGAGGGGAUAGCCAAGGGAGUGGUGAAGGACGAGCCGGAGACCCGGGUGGCCAUCAAGACCGUCAAUGAGUCCGCAAGCAUGCGUGAGAGGAUAGAGUUCUUAAACGAGGCCUCGGUAAUGAAGGAGUUCAACUGUCACCACGUGGUUCGGCUGCUUGGCGUUGUUUCUCAGGGCCAGCCUACGCUGGUUAUUAUGGAGCUGAUGACACGUGGAGACCUCAAAAGUUACUUGAGAUCAUUGAGGCCAGACACAGAGAAUAAUCCUGGCCAGACACCUCCAACUCUGAAGAAGAUGAUUCAGAUGGCAGGAGAGAUUGCUGAUGGGAUGGCAUACCUCAACGCCAACAAAUUUGUUCACAGAGACCUUGCUGCGAGAAACUGCAUGGUGGCAGAAGACUUCACAGUGAAAAUUGGAGAUUUUGGCAUGACAAGAGAUAUCUACGAGACAGAUUAUUAUCGUAAAGGAGGGAAAGGUUUGCUGCCUGUCCGCUGGAUGUCCCCUGAAUCACUGAAAGAUGGAGUCUUCACAACGCACUCCGAUGUCUGGUCUUUCGGUGUUGUACUUUGGGAGAUCGCAACGUUAGCGGAGCAGCCGUACCAAGGCAUGACCAAUGAACAAGUGCUCCGCUUUGUGAUGGAAGGAGGUCUGCUGGAAAAGCCAGACAAUUGCCCUGAUAUGCUGUUUGAACUGAUGCGCAUGUGCUGGCAGUACAAUCCGAAGAUGAGGCCCUCCUUCCUGGAGAUCAUCGGUAGCAUUAAAGACGAGCUGGAUCCAGCAUUCAAAGAGGUCUCCUUCUUCUACAGUGAAGAGAACAAGCCUCCGGAUACAGAGGAGCUUGACCUGGAGACUGAAAACAUGGAGAGCAUUCCUUUAGAUCCCUCCUCCACCCUCCAACCCACUGACAAGCACUCAGGACACAAAGCCGAGAACGGCCCAGGUGUGGUGGUCCUUCGGGCCAGCUUCGAGGAGAGACAGCCGUACGCACACAUGAACGGGGGACGCAAGAAUGAGAGGGCCUUACCGUUGCCCCAGUCUUCGGCCUGCUGAUCCUUAGAACCAGAAUCUCACAGAAAUAAAACACAGAAAAACACGUGCAUUGGGGGAAGAAAGAAAGAAAAAUACAAUAUAUUCAAAAGCCUACUGUACCUCAGUGGAUCUUCAGAACUGCCAUAGCUGCACUUGGGAGAACCCUUUUUUCAGUAAACAAGUUAUCGUAUUUUUCUUUUUUCAAUAUGCAAGCAGAUGUUUGUUUCAGUAAAGGACUCCAUUCAUGGGGCGCACAGUUGGCCUUUUAAAACUCUAAUGUUAACACUUAAUAGCAACAGAAAACUUGAGAUCUGAUGUCUCUCUCUCCUCUCUCUUCUUUCUCUUUCUUUCUCUCUCUCUCUCUCUUUGCUUCGUAAUGGGAAACAUAUCUGCGUGCAAGUUCAACCGUACAGCACUUUUAUCAGAUCAAAGAUAUCGCAGGCCAGGUGGCUCCCUGGUACCCUUGCAAGCACCUGCCUAACACUGUAGGUCUUUAUAUAAAAAAAAAACAAAAAACAAAAAACAAAAAACAAAAAAAACCAAACAAAAAAAAAUACAAAAAAAAAAAGAAAAAAAACCCACCACAAACUAAAAAAGACUGGAUUUUUAAUGUUGCUCUUUAAUCUUUUUAGGAACAUGUAAAAGAAUAAAAAGGGCCAUCAUUCGUCCAAGGUUGUUAACAUUUUCAACGCUGCCAAAUUUUGCCAAAAAACUGAACUCUUUGGGUUUUUUGUUGUUUUUUUUGUUGUUUUUUUUUUUUUUUGUAGGCAUAGAAGGAGCACAGUAAUCAACUGCUCUGUUUAAAAGAGAUCCUGACCAAUACAUUCUAUUCAAUCAUACACUGGUAUUUAAAAAAAAAAAAAAUCAAAUUGUCUAAAUCUUUUUUCUAAACUGGACAAAAUGUGAUUAUUUUUUUUUCUUGUGAUGGAGAAGAUAAAAGGGAUGGGGUUAAGAAACAGCCCUCCCUCCACUCCUGUCCCCAUCCCAAUGAAUUCUGGACAAAACUGGCAGUGGUGAGCUAAAUAAACAUGUACAUUACCUACAAAAAAAAAAAAAUUAACUGCACGCCAAAAAUGAAACACGAAAAUAACCGGCAGAGAUCUCCAUCGUUGCAGCCUGCCUUCCUUCACAGGCUUGCAAGGAAAAAAACACCUAGAAACAUAAAUUGGAGAAGACAAAAAAAGCAGUAACCGGAUUCAAGUAUAUGAUGCUUUGUUGACCUUUUCUCUUUAUUAUUAAGACUUCUCGAAGGGUCUUGCAGUUCUAUGUUAGACCAUGGAUCAUUUGCAUACACAUUGUCUUUUGUGUCACUUUUAUAACUUUUUUACGGUUCAGAUACUCAUCUAUAUGUCUGUACAGAAAAAAGCUGCUAUUUUUUUUGUUCUUUAUCUUUGUGGAUUUAAUCUAUGAAAACCUUCAGGUCUGCCCUCCUUCCCUUCCCUCCCACUUCAACAAAUUUUCUUAUGCUUUGUUACUAUAGUGUGUAACUUUUACUUCCUCCUUCCCAGUAACUGAUACCUUUCAUAUGAUUUGCCAUGAACUGUUUAAUGCCUUUUUAUAAAUAUGUUUCCUCUUCCCCACCCCACCCCCCCCUUAGUUGUUUUACAACAUCUUGGCUGUGUGGGCUACAGGGCUUUUGAGGGGGACAUGGAGAAAGAAGGGACACCCCACGCAGAAACACAAGCUGUGCUGUGCUGUGGUGUUUUUAAACCCUGGUUUUCCUUCCUUCCCACUAACCUCUGCCCAGACAGCAUGCGAGUCUCUUACAGUGCAAGGCAUGAUACAAACUCAGGUCAGAAAAAAAAGGUUAAAUAUUUAGUACAUUCUUGUUCAGUGUUUAUAUUCAUUGUUGUACAAGGGUCCUACCCCUCCUUCCCUCCCCGCUUGUUUUGGUUGUGGCACACAUCCACCCACCCAUCCCCACACACACUCCCCACACAGACACACACACACAAGUAUAUGUUGUUUGUUGUUGGUUUUUUUUUUGUUGGUUUUUUUUUUAAAAAAAAAAAAAUUGUUGGGUACAACAGCAGACACCAGGCUUUUGGGUCAUUGAUUUUUUUCAGAAGACUAUUUUAACCCUUCCACCCUGUGGACAAGAGCUAUACCAGUUGCAGCUGGUGAUGCCAGGCAUUCUUAGGGUGGCCAUUGAACGCUUGGCUCCAGAAAACCCAGCUCCUCACCUUCCUAAUGAGGAAGCCCUCACGGAGGGCACCCUGGGCUGCACUUCAUGCCCUUGGUGACAAAAACAAGCCACCAAAAUAAACCCGCCACCAAAACCAAACCAAACCCACCAUGCCAUUUCCAUGGGGCUGGGUAGAAAGCAUGGAGCUGGGGCCAGUGGCUUGGCUGGCAAACGGUUAAGUGUUGGCAGCUAUGGAAACCUGUACAAGUGCAAGCUCGUUGCUUAAAUCAUAGACCAAACCUCAGAACAAAAGAAAAUGAGUAAGCUUGUUUGUUCAGUUGCAGAAGCCUUGGUGAAAGGGGAAGGAGGGGGCCAUCAGACAGUCUACAACCAAGGAGCCAUACCAGUUGCUCAUCUUACGUUAGUUACAGCAUCGAAGCCUUUGUUUAGCACUGAUCCAACCAAAUGAUGGCAGUGAAGAGGUGGUUCUGGGAUGGAAAUGUUUAAAUCUUUUGAGUAAGAACAAAGAAUUAAAAUAUACUGAUUGCUAGUUUUGACUGGAGAUUUUAAAAAGUUUGUAGUGCUUUUUGCUUGUGUAGUUUAGGUCCCAUUAUCUUCUCUUGCCUCUGUCCCAUAGUUAUUUUUCCCUUUUAAAAAUGAAAAAGACAAAAAAGUUAAUUAAGAAGGUAUUCUAUGUAGGAUUUUUUAUUUAUUUUUGUGAUAUCAGUUUAAAUCACUGUAGAGAUGCCCCAUAAUAAAUCUAAAUACUGAGAUAAGGGUUUUUGAGUAUGACAGGGGACAGUUUUUGAUUUUUUUCAAACAUUUAUCUACCUCACUCUUAUUUUUUUUAUAUGUGUGUAUAUAAAAAAAAUACAUCUCACAUCUCUCAGCAGCCAAUAAAUGCCGUUGAUACUGGUAACCUCUCACUCCAUAUACCACAUGCUCUAGGUUCUGGAGGGGAACAGUCACUGCCUGUCACAAAGGGUCACUUCAGGAUAUUUGCCUCAAUUCCAAGGAGUUUCUCCCAACUUUUUGGUUCAGAUUCAUCAUUGUGUGGAGAAAUCCAAGAGCUGUCUGACUUAGGGUGACCAUUCUGUUAAGGAAACACGAAGGCUUUUUAAUGUGCUGUCACGGCAGUCCUCAGGUCAGCAACAAAAUGCUGUGUGUUUAGAUGAGCCGGAGGCGUAGCUGACCUGAUAAGAGGACUUCAGAUCGUUUGAUGAAAUCUUUUACAGAAAUCUAUUGUCUACAAUGUUUGAAGGUCCAGAAGAAGUACUGGAGUAAAGGGAAUGGUCUUCCUGUUUGGCCUGUAGAAUGGGCUAAGUCAUUCCUGCCAGUUUUUCCUCAGAUGCCACAAGCACCAAAAAGACAUUUGGCUGAAUCAGCACCUAAAAAUAAAUUGGCUCGUACAGCAACAGCAUUGCUUUCCUGACCGAAAAAACAGUGAAAAAACCUGUCACAGGCUGCCUGUUGAUACUACUACAUCGAGUUUACAGCUUUGGAUCUUUGCUGCUUCUGUUUGAUGAGAGCACUGAUUUUUUUUUUUUUUUCCACAACUAACAUUGAAUUGAUUUCUUUUAACGUGCCAGUAAAAAUCCAGUUCUCUUUUCUUCCCCCGUUUAUAUGCUUCAUAACUGUGGAUUCUGAUGGACCAGCCAUUGCAUUUUAACUGCCCUCUGACAGCGUGUAACUGGUUUACAAGCACACAGGACUAACACGAGCUUGCCAUCAACUUGAUGUAUAAUGUUUCUCUUUUUCCAGCUCUGGCAGCUGUUCGUGCAGGUGUUGCUUGUGGUAUCUGAAUAAUGCGGUGCUUGGCUACUUCGGGUUGUAUGAGGCCUCGUGCAUGCACAGUGCUGUGGUUAAGGACUACAGAGUUUUCAGAGGGAGCAUUUCUCUCCAGCCCCGAGAACCCGGCAAAAUUUAAAGUUUUUCCUAGGUUGUUUUGGUUUGCCAUGUUAUAUUCAGUUCCGGUGACCCUUUGGUGCAGUGGCUCUUCCCCUCUCUUGCACAUACUGAUUACCACAACUGGAGAUCCUCAGAUCUUUCAGCUGGCUAGGAGGGUUUUGUUAAAACUGUCCGAGUUACUGGUUUUUAUAAUUGUAUGUAGGUGGUUUUAAAAUGCAUUAGGAAGAAACACUAAUGACUUAGCACCCAUCAUGGUAAACUUUUCAAAAAGCACUUCAGUAGAAGACAGUCACGUGGCAUCACAUACGCACGCGUGAUGGCAGUCAGCUCUCCUGGACCAAACCACCUUCAUGAUACCAUUGCGUUCUGUGUUUGCAAUUCAAGCUUAAUUCCUUUUUUGUUCUGUUUGUUUCCAUAGCUUUUUUUUGUCGUCGUUGUUGUGUUUUGUGCAUUUUGAAUAGCUUUAUUCACAUGGGUUUUUCAUGCAGCCUUCCCUUGGACAGUAAAUCAAGUUGUUUGUGCAUGUGAACAACUGAGAAUUAAUGUUGGCUUGAUAGAGUCAUAAUAUGGUUUGUAAUGUUGUUCUUCCCUGAGACCACUGGCUUGUCUGGUAUGGAAAAUUUAUUUAGAACUUCAGCUAUGUUUGAAUAAAGUUAAAGUAAUCCAGUUUGUUUGUAAAUUGAAAACAAAAGCCCACCCAGCCCUGAAAACCAGCAUUGUGACAAAUGGUACCAAGAUGUUUUAAUGAAGUAGGAUAACAAAUUGGCGUCACUGUGGGGAGCAGGCAGCUUUGGUUUUAGUGCUCGGCCAUUGCUUUCACCUGACUCGCAUUUAAAAGCUGCUCGGUGGCACAGAAGGUAGUUUGGUUGCAAAGGAAUGUGGCUCCCAUGUAAACACAGAAGUGUCAGCUGCGUGGUACUAAAUAAGGUGCUCUUUUGGGGGAGCGCUAAACUAGACACACAAGCCGAGCGCGAUGGAAAGCGAGGCCAGCCCAUGGGCACCAAGCCUUUCUCGGCGUGAUGCCUCUGCUCUUUAAAGCUGGUUCUAAGUGAUGGAUGAUUCUAGGCCUGUUCGCACUGAUGCUCCUCUUGGCCUUUAAAAACAAAGGAAAGCAAGCCCAGUAUGCCCAGGACAACUGGUCACCAGGUGGAACUGUUGCCGGGUCCUUGGGAACUGCUGAGGGGUGUUCGGUACAAGCUGAGUCUAAGUGAAUGACACUCCUAUUGUUGGUAUAACUCCAUACAUAUAUAUCUAUAUAUACAUAUAUAUAUCUGCAUAUGUAUAUCUAUAAUAUAGAUAUAUAUUGAAACCCUUUUCAUUCCAUUAGGAUAAGUAACACUUGUUUCCUGUUAUUCUUAUGUUGUUUGUCAACCAUGUAUUUAAUCACUGGGCUGAACAACAGUGGAGGAAGGUGCAAGGGAUCCACUCCUUACUAACCAGUGAUAAAAGCCAGAUGUUGCAACUUAACCCAUGAGUAGCUGUGCAGACAAGAAUUUAAGAAUGAUGUGUAGAAACAACACUAGUGGCCAGGGGUGCUGAAGAUACAGAACUGUAAAUAGGUAGGAGGGCUUUGAAGGAUGCCUCAGUUCAGGCGCUGGGUGCUCAGGGCCGGUGGAUGGCCCCUGAAAUAGGGCCCAGCCAGGUAAAUCAGAAUUGAGAAGUGUUUGCGUGGAGACACGCGAACACAAAGAGAUGGAGAUGGGUAUUUACAGAGACACAGGGCUUGGCAGGAGUUGGAGGUAGUUUCCUGAGCUUAAUAUGUGGGACAGUGUCAGAGCUCAGGUAUCACAAUUCUGAUCGUUGGUACUUGUAAAUAAACCUCUGACUUCCCAGCUGGAGCGCUGAAUUCAUUACCAGGAGUGUGAUGGUUGUUGCCAUCAGUCUGUAUGAAUCGGUCUCGACUUGCAGUUGGUCUGUUUUGCAAGUACCUUAAGACUAUCACUAGUUUGUGUAGUUUGUGUGUGUGCAUAUGCGUGUGUGCUCAUCUUUUUUUUUUUUUUUUUUUUUGUUGUUGUUGUAUGCGUUUCGUUGAUUAGUAAUCCAUUAGCAUUUUCAAUAGGGCUUUAAGUCCAGUAGAUUACGGGUAGUCAGUUGACGAAGAUCUGGUUUACAAGAACUAAUUAAAUGUUUCAUUGCAUUUUGUAAGUACGUAGAAUAAUUUUAUAAAAUGUUUGUAGUUUAUAAAUGCCUAAAAUAUAAUUUAAGGGCACUUUUCUGUGUCUGUGUAUGGGUGUGUCUGUCUGUUAUCAGGUUUUUUUUCAUGGUACCAGUUUACUAGCUAGCUUUACAAUAUGCCAAAAAGGAUCGCUAACUUGUCCAAUUCAUGGCUUGUCCUUCUCCCCCUACCCGCCCAAGCUUUGUGUCCCAGUAUACAGCGAACGAAUAUAAAGGAGUUGGGGAAAUGUUCUGUAUCUUCAGUAUCCUGGUCUUCCAGAGCCCUCUGGUUGGGGUGGGAUCAUCUUAACUGGUCAUUUCACUUUACUGUCUAGGGCAGUUAACUUAAUGGAUUACAAGAACCUCACUGGUCAGGGAAACAGAACGGGGUUUGCUGCUACCCAGUCUCACUUGUGCUGUUCAGCACCUGCUUCACGGUGGCCAUGUGGUUUGAAGGAUGUGACUGCAUAAGAGAAAGAGGGAAGACAGUUUUCAUAAUUACUAUUGAAGAACUAUUUGCAGAUAUCACUUUAAGAGUUUGUGUGCAGCCUCUAAAGAUGUUGAGCACCAUUUGAAGCUCUGUUGAAAUGAGCAGGGCAGGGUCCCUAUUUAUUUUUAUUUAAGAAUAUUGAAGAUCCCUUCACCUUCACCCUCCCAAAUUUGACUAACCACAUUGCUGAAGGGUUCUGAUGAUUUAGAUACUGUUUAAAAAUCAGCUCUUCUGUUUUCUGAACCAGUGAGGUUUGAGAUGAAAGGAUUGGCCAGAGUUGUCUACCUCUGGGACAAAAACAAAACUAGAAAGUGCUAAGGAAUGGAUGCAGUUGCAAAUACAUUUUCCGAUUUUUCUUGUUUAAAUUUUUUUAAGAGAAAAUUAAACAAUAACAUGGCCAAUUUAUUACAUGAAAAGACUUGCUGUGUAUAAAUUAUUCCUAAAGAAAUUCCUGUGUUUAUAUUAAAAUGAAUCAGUAGAUAAAAAAAAAAUUUCAAAAUGUUUUUGUAUAUUCUGUUGUAAGAAUUUAUUCCUGUUAUUGCGAUAUACUCGGGAUUCUUUACAUUAUGAAAAGAAGAAACUUUGUCUAUUUUGAAUGGCUGAAGCUAAGGCUCCUUUAGUUUCUCUUACUCUGCUUUUUUCUAGUAGUUUCAGUACUACAUGAUUUAAGUUAAAUAAAAGAAUUCUGUAUGCA